GCUUUCUUGACAUUGUCGUUGCGUUUUCGUUUCCCGAAUUUUGGUUUCGUCCAGCGGUUUUACAUGUUAGUCUCGUCCUGCUGGGUCACACACCACGAGUCGGAAAAGGUGGAGCUGGAUUACUUGUCGGACCAGCUUUGGAAAACUUGCAAUUUGUAGAAAACUAUUGCUGUCAUCUAUUACACACUUUAAUUUUCAAAACAUGCCCGUCUACACUCGUACCAUUUUUGGCCGCGUGGCCACACCCAGCGUAAUGCCAGUUAUCCGCCACCGUUGCAUGUCGAGUGCCGCUACGGCAAACGUCGCCAAAGACCCAUCUCCUGCCGUCAGUUUCAAGGGCGUGAAGAACCUCUUGACGCUGCGAGAUUUCUCUACUCCCCAAAUUCUUCAACUCAUUCGUCGCUCCCUUGAACUGAAACAACAGCUCACCGCCGAACGAAAAGGGGCGAAUAUCGAGCUCGCACAGCCCCUUGCUGGAAAGACGCUUGGUAUGAUCUUUACAAAACGAAGCACCCGGACGCGUGUGUCUGCUGAGACCGGUUGGGCGUAUUUUGGUGGGCACCCCAUGUUUUUGGGUAAAGAGGACAUUCAGAUUGGUGGUGGAGAGCCUCUGAAGGAUACUGCCGUCGUUGUCAGUAGUAUGGUUGAUGCGUUGUUGGCGCGUGUGGGUGCUCAUGAGGAGAUUGAGAUUAUUGCAGAGAACUCGACGGUGCCGGUUAUUAAUGCCCUUACGGCAAAGUACCAUCCUUUGCAAGGGCUUGCCGAUGUCAUGACCUUGUACGAGACAAGCUUCAAAGAUCCUUUGACCACUGUCGAUCGUUUUGGACUUCCACUUCCGUUGCUACCGCCUAUGAAAAUUGCCUGGGUUGGUGAUGCCAACAACAUUAUCAAUUCGUUGCUCGUGACGCUCCCGCGUUUGGGUCCUGUCCACCUAUCUGUCGCCACCCCCAAGGGCUACAAUUGUGAUCCUGAUGUUGUGAACUUUGCCAUUGGCGAAGCUACCGGGGGCGACCAGAACGGAACUGUUGAAUUUGUGAAAGAUCCCCGUGCGGCAGUGAAGGAUUCAGACAUUAUCAUCACGGAUACCUGGGUGUCCAUGGGACAAGAGUCGGAGAAAGCCAAGAGGCUUCAAGACUUUGCUGGUUAUCAGAUCACGGAGAAAAUGGCCAAAGAAGGAGGUGCGAAGCCAGACUGGAAGUUUAUGCAUUGCCUGCCACGUAAACAGGAAGAGGUGGACGACGAGGUGUUUUACAACCCUAAGCGCUCGAUUGUCUUUCAAGAGGCCGAGAACCGAAAGUAUACCGUGAUGGCUGUGUACGAGAUGCUCAUGUUAUGGGCCAAGCAAUAGCGCGUAGAAUGCGACAAUAAGGUUAUCAGGCUGGAUAAUAAAACUUUAAUAUUGACAACCCUUCCGUUCCAGCUUUUCUGCUUAAUACGACAUCCGAUCUAAGGUUAUAUGUAGUAGACAUGUAUUCCAUUAUCUCUUGUGGUUUGUUUUCUCUUAUUGUAACGAGGUAAAAGAUUCCAUUCUUUGACAGCA